AUGGCAGUCAGACUUGUAGCUCUUGGUCUUCUGGCGGUGUUAGUGUUGGGGGGGCUAGCAAGUGCACAGUAUUUCAAGGAGGUGAACCCUCAGGAUCCUCAGCGACCUAAGCCUUCUCAGAACGUCCAGCCGACCUUGUAUCAACGACCACCCCAAUCCCAGAGACCCCCGCAGUCUGCACAGAAACCUAACCAACCUCCUCAGGUGAACUAUCCAUCACCUCCAAAGCAAGUACCACGGGACCCCCAGAAACCUGCGCCACAAGACCCCUACAGGCCUCAGCACCCUCAGUACCCUCAGCAUCCUCAGCACCCUCAGCACCCUCAGCACCCUCAGCAACCCAAGGACACAAAGCAGCCUCAGCAUCCCCAUGUCCCAAAGCCGGAUUUUCAAACCUGUGAGGUGGAUCCAUUUUACAGGAUCCACUGUGGACGCCCUGAAAUCUCUGUGUCAGAAUGCCAAGCCAUCAACUGCUGCUUUGAUGGGCAGAUGUGCUACUAUGGCAAAGCUGUAACUCUGCAGUGCACAAAAGAUGCCCAGUUCAUUGUGGUAGUUGCCCGAGAUGCCACAUUGCCCAACAUUGACUUAAGUUCCAUUCAUUUUAUGGGCACUGAUCAGAACUGCCAAGCUGCUGGGUCAACCACAGAAUUUGUCAUCUAUCAGUUCCCUGUUACAAGCUGUGGGACUGUUGUGGCAUCUGAAAAUGGGGUUCUAACCUACGAAAACAGAAUGUCGUCUUCAUAUGAAGUUGCUGUUGGGCCGUAUGGAGCCAUUACCAGGGACAGCCAAUUUGACCUGAUGAUCCAGUGCAGAUAUAUCGGAACCUCAGUGCAUGCUUUGGUGUUUGAAGUGGGCACCCUCCCUGCUCCUCCUCCUGUGGCUGCUCCUGGUCCUCUGCAUGUGGAGCUCAGGCUAGGCAACGGACAGUGUACGGUAAAGGGCUGUGUGGAAGAGGACGUGGCCUACAACUCCUACUACCUGGAUAGUGAAUACCCGGUCACAAAGGUGCUCCGGGACCCUGUGUAUGUGGAGGUGAGACUGCUGGAGAGAACAGACCCCAAUUUGGUGCUGACAUUGGGCCGAUGCUGGGCCACCUCCAGCCCCUACUCUCAGAGUCUACCCCAGUGGGACUUGCUGAUUGAUGGUUGUCCUUACCGGGAUGAUCGCUACCAAACCACCCUGGUCAAUGUGGGGCCAUCUUCGGGGCUCAUGUACCCCAUGCACUACAGGAGAUUCAUUUUCAAGAUGUUUACAUUUGUGGCAUCUGGUCCAUCUGAUCCAGCUAAAGAUGUGAAACAGGAUGUGGCUUUAACACCUUUGAAAGAAAAGGUGUACAUCCACUGCAACACAUCGGUUUGCACACCAAGUCUUCAAAACAACUGUGAACCUCGGUGCUUCAGAAAGAGGAGAGAUAUAGCUGCUUCAGUGAAGAGUGGCUCCAGAGCUGAAACCACUACAGUGACUAGUCAAGGCAUCAUCAUUGUGGAUCGAAGACAAGUCAUGUAAUUUUGUUAUUAUAAAAUAUGUCAAUACAAAGGUAUCCAAGACAAUUUAGUAGGCUGUUUAAUGGCAUAUUGU